AGAAAAGUGUGAAUAGUUAGGCUUUUAGCUGUUAGAUAUUGUGCCAUGUACGAUCCUGCUGGCUGCUGCUUCUCUGAAACACUACAAAUUUUCUGUUUAUCUCUUCCAACUCAUAGCUUCACUAUACAAUAUUAUGGAAACCAGAGUUCGACACUCUGAAGUCUGAACCUACCUUACAUGUUCUUCAUUUCCUAAUUUACUCAUCUUCCUUCGUGUAAUCUUACUGGGGUUUUCAGUUUAUGUAAUUUCAAGGAACCCCUAUUUCGAUUUCUUUCAGUUCAUUAGUAUCAGUUCAUGAGCUCUGUUUUUCAACUUUCGGUUCCGUUUCAUUCUGUUUUACUUCAAUUCGGCUAAAAUCUUCCUGUAAUUACCAAGAAAACUGAUUCGUCUUUCUGUUGGAUUUGGAUUACGGAUACAGCAUCUUCGAAUUCCAAGAUUUUUCUAAUUGCAUUAUUCAAAGUUUGAUAAUUUUUGUUCUGUUUUGUUUGGAUCGUUGAGUGGCGGGGGGUGAACUUAAACAUACAACUGGCGAUGGGUUAUUUCAGUAAAGUUUUCAUUGCUACGAUUGUAACUGUAACCAUCAUUGGAAUGUACGUCAAUGGAGAGAAAGGCGAAUAUGAAGUUGUUGAAGGAGAAGCUCCCAUGGCGAAAACAGAGCAAGAAGCUUUGUACUCUGCUAUUCAAGGUUUUGUGGGUUCAUGGUGGAAUGGCUCAGAUCUUUAUCCCGAUCCAUGUGGAUGGACUCCUAUUCAGGGUGUUUCUUGCGAUAUUUAUGGUGAAUUAUGGUAUGUGACAGACUUAAAUAUUGGUUCGCUUCAUGAUAACUCACUCUCCUGUGCUUCACAUCCUGAAUUUAGACCCGAUUUGUUUAAACUCACACACCUAAAAUCGCUUGCAUUCUUCGAUUGCUUUCAUGAACCACCGAUCGUCAUUCCUUCAGAAAACUGGACUAAGUUUUCCGGCAGCCUAGAGUCACUGGAGUUCCGAUCAAACCCUGGUCUCACGGGACCAAUCCCACUCGCUUUUAGUAAACUCCACAAGCUUCAAUCUUUAGUGGUGAUCGGAAACGGAUUUUCCGGUGGCUUACCGGCGAACAUCGGCAACUUGAUUCAUUUGAAAAGAUUGGUGUUAUCUGAAAAUGGGUUCAGAGGCGAAAUAGGAGACAAUUAUGGUUAUUUAAGUGAGCUAUUAAUAUUAGACUUGAGUAGAAACUCAUUAUCCGGGAGUAUACCGUUGACUUUUGGUGGGUUGACUUCUCUCUUGAAGCUUGACUUGAGUCAAAACCAAUUAGAAGGCAAAAUCCCAGAUGAAGUUAGCAGUUUAAAGAAUCUAACCCUUUUGGAUCUAAGUAGCAACAAGAUUUCAGGUGGGUUGACCAGGUCAAUUCAAGAAAUGGGUUCUUUAAAAGAGUUGAUAUUAUCAAGAAACCCUAUAGGAAGUGAUCUCAUGGGCAUCAAGUGGCAAAAUCUCAAAAGGCUCAUGGUGUUGGAUCUUUCAAACACACAAUUAACAGGUGGCAUUCCGGAGUCCAUUUCUAAGAUGAAAAGGCUAAGAUUUUUGGGUCUUAAUGACAAUUAUCUUUCGGGAAAUCUUACACCAAAGUUGGCAAAAUUACAUGAUCUAAGUUCGAUAUAUGUAUAUGGAAACAAUCUAAGCGGAAAGCUUGAAUUUGAUGGAGGGUUUUAUGGUAAAAUGGGUAGGCGAUUUGGAGCUUGGAACAAUUCGAACUUGUGUUUGCCGAUUAAUUUGUUGCCUACUACAAGUUUACGCCCUUUUGGGGUAAAGGCUUGUGAAGAAGAAGUGAAGUCAAUUGAGGUUAGUUUUGGUGAUUCAAAUUCCAAGUUGGGUAGUUUUCAUUUAGGUAACGAGACUUCUUUUAGUUUUUCAAGAUAUAAGUUGGAUGGGAUUUGGAUUGUGUUUAUGGUAGUUAUUUUCUUUAAUUUGGUCAUGUAAUGUAUAAUAACUUGUACAAGCAUCUUUAGAUAAUAUAUUAAUGUUAUAUUAUUAACUUUCUUUA